AUGGGCCUCGGAGGUGCGACACAGGAGCCAGGAUUUCUGUGCAUCGGCCCGCGGAGAUUGGCGAGGCAAUGCUUGCGCUGUUGCGGCCAAUGCUGCAACUUCGUCCUGGACUGCGUGGACGUGGCUCUGCGCGUCAUCGGACCAUUGUUCGUUCUGCUCGCGCUCUCUUUGGUCAGCUUCGUCACGUACACUUUUUUCACCGUCUUGAUACCGCACCUGGCGGACUCGGGAACAUCCUCCAGCCAGUUGCUCCUCGAGAUGGCCCUGGGAUGCUUCCUGCUGGUCAACAUCCUUUACAACUAUGCCAUGGCUGUGUGCUUGAAUCCGGGGGUGCCCCCGGAGUUUCCAGGCGAGGCGCUUGAAAGCAAGGACGGCGAGCUCGGGGACUAUGCCCCAGCACCCAAGCAGUGCCACAAGUGUUUGAAGCUCAAGCCUCCGCGUGCACACCACUGCAGUGUCUGCAAGACCUGCGUGAUGAAGAUGGAUCAUCACUGCCCGUGGAUCAACAACUGUGUCGGCAUAAACAACUAUCGGUACUUCUGCCUGUUCAUGCUCUUCCUUGCCAUGGGCUGCCUUUACUACACCGUCUUGGGCUCUCGCCUCUUCUUCCAAGCCAUGACUCCGGCCAGGAAAAGGACCAUCAAGCUCAAGUUCGAGGACAUCCAGUGUGUCACACUCUCUUGGCUGGUGAGUAUCUGCAUCUUCUGUGCGAUCUGCCUUCUUGGCGGCUUCCACUUGUACCUCGUGCUCACCAACCAGACCACCAUCGAGUUUCACACGAACAUGGCUGGUCGACAGAUGGCUCGCAAGCGGGGUGAGAUACACAGGAACCCCUACGACUUGGGCAUCAGCCGAAACUUCCAGCAGGUGUUCGGGCCGAAUCCUUUCUUGGGCUUCCGCUGGCUCCUUCCCUACGUGGCAAGGCCUUGGCCGGCGACUGCCUGGGCUUGCCAUGCGCCCGGCUGCGGCCAGCGGCCGCUCGGCGAACGGCCCGGAGGAAAUGCCGAUACGGAUCCGCAGCUGAUUGCAUUCGCCGGCACAAAGACGCUGGACUGGCGCGUGGCGCGGUCGCGCUCGCAGGGCUGUCUGAGGGCGGGUGGCACCAUGGAUCGGGUGCUGAAGCUCCGAAAAGAGACGGAGCUGGACCGGCUGGUAGACGUGCUCGUCCGAGCGGCGCCCGACCAACGCCACGAUGCGCUUCGGUACUUCAAGCAGCCCUACAACGCCCAUCGCAAGAAGAUGGGCCCGAGAUACAUCGAUGAGGACCAUCGCCGGCGGCUAGUGCUGCAGGUCCUCAGGAAGUAUCCACUCUGCGACAUCUACGACCUGGUGCGGGUGGAUGAGCGGCAGUGGGCCAACAUGAGCCGGGAGCUGGGUGGCCUCAGCUACGGGGUCGCUAUGAAGGCGGCCAUGGAGGUGGUGGCGGAGUCCAUGACGCCCCUGGAGCGAGCCACCUUCUGGGGAGCGCUCGGGACCCGAAUGCGGAACGCCGACCACGGGCGUGUGGUGGUCUUCGCCGCGCAAGAUAGGCGCGAGAUGGUAGGUGCUGGACCUGCAGCUGCGGAGAAAGGGCCCGAACGGGGUGCUGAAAGGAGCCUCAUGCAGCCGAACUUGGAGCUGGUCAUCAGCCAGUUCUACGCCGCCGGCCUCGAGGAAUGGUCAAGGGUCCAGGUGCAGAUCGCCUCUGUAAAAGCUGUCAACAUCGAAGAAGUGGGCGCUGUCGAGCGCCUUGGCAGGCUCUGCAGGGCUGCAGAGGCUGCCGACCACAACCUUGAGUGGAGUCGGGGCGAUGCCGCCUCGGCAGAGGACUUCGCGCGGAAGGCGCUGGAGGUCGCUGGCACGUGCUUGAAGCAGAAACCCAGGUCGCACGAAGUCUCCUUUUUCUGUGGAACACCCGGGUUUCUGGCCAUAUCCUGUGUGACGUGUCAUGCGCUGGGAGACUCCGCCGGCUGCCUGGGGCACUUGCGCAGACUCCUGGAGUGGAGCGGCGCUGCCGUACACCAUCCGGAGGAUGAGCUGCUCUUCGGGAGAGCCGGCUACCUCUAUGCGCUGCUGUGGGUGAGGCGGCGAGUGGGUGCGGAGGCGGCAGACUUCGCCACGCCGCUGCGGGCGGUGGCGGAGCGGCUGGUAGAGACGGGGCGCGCCCGAGCUGAAAAGAGCUACGACUGGCCUUUGAUGUGGCACUGCUUCAAGGAGCCCUAUAUAGGCGCAGCGCACGGCGUGGUGGGCAUUCUGGCCAUGCUGCUCCACUGCUACGAUCUGCUCAGCGCGAGCAGCCAGCAGCUCGUUGGAGCAACCCUGGACAAGCUCCUCUCCAUCCGCUACUCGAGCGGUAAUGUGCCCAUCGUGCUGGGCGAUCGGCGGGAAGAGCACGUGCACUGGUGCCAUGGAGCGUCUGGGCUACCAGCGCUGUUCCUCCUCGCCGCAAUGGUCCUCGGCGAUGCCGACGGGUCGCUGAGGAGGGCCGCACAAGAGGCGGGCGAGGUGGUGUGGAAGCGUGGGCUCAUCCUCAAGGGGCUGGGUCUAUGUCAUGGCAUCUCCGGCAAUGCUUACACCUUCUUGAGCCUCUACCGGGCUGAGGGAGAGGCAUCGCACCUCGCCCGGGCGAGAGCCUUCGCGGCGAUGAUGCAGCAGCCGGAGCUUCAUGAAGCGAUCCGGCGCCAGCCGGAUCAGCAACGACUGGUCCGCGGCGUGCCAGACUCCCCUUUGAGCCUCAUGGAGGGCGACGCUGGCCUCUUCUGCUUCCUCCUGGACAUGGCUGCGCCAGAGAGGUCGUCCUUCCCCGGCUGGGAACUCUGA